AACAAAAACAAAAAAAAAAAAAAAAACCUAAACUUCUCUCUAUCAGACUCGCUCCGAGUUCCCAACUCUCGCUUUUCUCUCUCACUCUCUGAAAUUAGGGUUUCACAGUGCCGGCGGUGCUCUGUUUCUUAUGCGAUCCUCGUUUUUCAAUGCCGGCGAAUCCCUCCCGGAGAUUCUCCACAAUUGUUCGAUUCCUUGGCCGAUUGCGGCGUGCAGCUAAGUUCCGGUGUUCGUUUCAGUUCAAAUAGCGGUUCCUCAUUGAAUUGGAGCUGCUCCGGUGGUUUCUGCGAUGGCGCCUAGCCGGAGGAAAGGAGCUAGCAAAGCCGCUCAGGCCGCCGCCGCUCGCCGCCAGUGGAAGGUCGGCGAUCUUGUGCUUGCUAAAGUCAAAGGCUUCCCGGCUUGGCCUGCUACGGUAAGUGAGCCGGAGAAGUGGGGUUACUCUGCUGAUUGGAAGAAAGUACUCGUUUUCUUCUUUGGAACACAACAGAUUGCUUUCUGCAACCCUGCUGAUGUUGAGGCAUUUACUGAGGAGAAGAAACAGUCUCUUCUUGGCAAGCGUCAUGGGAAGGGUGCUGAUUUUGUUCGUGCAGUCCAGGAGAUUAUUGAUAGUUUUGAGAAGUUGAAGAAGGAGGACCAAGUUGAUGAGUUCAACUCUAGUGCAAAUGGUGGGAACUCAGUUGACUCUUCAUGCAAUUUUGGUUCAAAGGAUCAGAAAGAAGCUCCUGAAGCUAUUCUUGAUUUACAUCCAAAAUCUUCAUCUUCUACCAUUGAUAAAAAUGAACCAAGUAACUCUGUUGAGGAUGCUUCAGCUACUGCACUAGUAGAUGCCACCCUUGAUAAGGAGGACUUGAUAGAGGAGCCUGCUGCUACAACAAUGGUUUCUGAAACACCUGUGCCAACAACAUGCUCUUCCAAAAAAAGAUCUGGAGAGUUGCGAUUACAGAGCUGCGUCUCAAAAAGUGAGGAAGCACCAGCUCGUAGGUCAAGAAGCUCAUCCAGGACGGAAUUACGUAGAUUAGGGAGCUUCAUAAUGCCAUGUGAUGAUGAUGCCAAGAAUGCUGGGUAUGUAUCUGCUAAUGCAGUUCAGGACAGAAGCUUAAGAAGGAAUAAACGAACACGGAAAUCACCUGAUGCCUCCGUGUGUGAUAAUGUUAAAUUGGCAGCUUCUGUUUCAAAUGGUUGUGUUGAAGACGAUGGUUCUGAAGUUGUUCCAGUUGAUUCUGGCACAUUUAGUUUGAACGACGGCAGUGUUAUUGAUUCUGGUUGCAAAGGAGAACACUCGGACGCUGUUGCUGAAUGCAUGGAAGGAGAUGCUGAGUUGAUUAAAGGACUUGAUCUUCAAAUAAAGGCUGUUAGUAAGAAGAAAAGGAAACCAAACAGAAAGAGAGGUACUAAUGAUGCAGCUGAGCCUAUUGCUAUAUUGGACAAGGAGACGGUUCAAGAAGUUAAUUUGCAAAGCAGUAGUCAAAGCAUGCAGACUGAUUGUGGAAAUAUGAAUGGAAAUUUUUCCAAGGAAGAUGGAGAUGAGCACCUGCCGUUGGUGAAACGAGCCAGGGUUCGUAUGAAUAAACCAUCUUCUGUUGAGGAAGUUGAUAGCUCUUCACAUAUUGAAGAAAGUCUGAAGGAAGUCAUGCUCAUUCCAUCAGGGUUGAUCAGCACAUCUCCAAUAUGUGAUGACAUUUGCCCUAGUGGUAGGGACUCAUUUGUGGUAAAUGUAUCUCUAGAUAAUACUACACCUUCAAGAGUUGGCACUCAAAGUUUGGAAAAUAGGCCUCAGCUUUGGAACUCGAAGAAAGACCAGUCUUUUGGUGGUUUGGCUGAUGGUGAAGCUGUUUUACCUCCAUCUAAGCGUCUUCAUCGUGCACUAGAAGCCAUGUCAGCUAAUGCAGCUGAGGAUGAUGAAAGAUGUAACUAUGAUUCAUCAGCCAUGAGGACAUCUACUAUUGAUUGUAAUAAUUCUUCCGGGAACAAAUCCGUUACUAUAAAUGUGGAAAGUUAUUCAGGGAAUGGUCUGGGACUGCAUAGUGAAGACUCUUUUGGCAAUAAUGCUUCGGGGUCCUCUACCAGUCCAAACCGAGUAAUCCUGGAGGAAAAUACUAAGUCAGCAAUGGAAGUGGAUGUAUGUGAUCAAAGAAGGAAUAGUCCUGACACUCGGAACAAUCAAUCCGUUAAUGGUUUUCCAGAUUCUGGGAACCGUUCUAGUGGUGAAAUUCUUUCUGCUGGUUCUACCGGCUGUUGUGCUAUUGGAACUGCAGUUCAGACCAGAAGUCUAGGGAAUUUAUCACCUAGUAUGGAGAGAAGAGAUGCUGGUACUGAAUGUAAUCAAGGUUCAAUGGUAGAGUGUCCUCAAAAAGAUGAAGGUCAUGCAAAAUUUGAAUCAAGUAAUAAUGCAGAAAAUCUUGGUACUGAUUGUGAGAAAAUUGAAUCAAGGAUUAAAGAUGAAAUUGGUGAUACUAAUUGCGAUACUUUUGAGCAUACGUUGAAGAGCUUAGAUCCUGUACCAGGCACCAGCCAUGGAUUUGUUGAAGUUCCACAUUGUGUUGAUGCUAGUCCACUUCACUGUGGUGCAGAGAGCCCUAGGGAAAAAAUCAAGUGUCUGGAUCCUCAGUCACAAGAGAACAAAGACGUAAAGGACAUGUUGGAUGCUCUAAAAGAGGUCAAGCAUACACACAUAGAGAAAGAUCCUAGUUCAGUUUCCUGUCCAAAUGAGUACUUGACUGAAAAACAUGUUGCUGGUGUCCGGUCAAGUCCUAACUUAACAGAUGGAGGAGAUUCUCUUGCACAAGCAUCACCUCCUAAUACUUCAGCCUGUCGUAUUUCUACUUCUGAUAGUAGUAAUAUUCUUCAGGACAACGGCAGUUGUAGUCCGGAUGUUGAUUUGCAGCACAAGAGAACAUCUACUCCACCAGUUGAUGAGGAUGAAAGGUCAGAAGCAGUGGUUUGUCAGAGAUCAAAGUCUGUGAGCAGGUAUGCAGAAGCACUUGCUGCUCUGUCAUCCUUUGAGACAAUUCUAGGAACCUUGACAAGGACCAAGGACAGCAUUGGUCGAGCAACUCGUGUAGCUAUUGAUUGUGGAAAGAUUGGUGUGGCUUCUAAGGUGUUGGAAAUUUUGGCACGUCAUCUGGAAAAUGAGUCGAGCUUACACCGUAGGAUCGAUUUCUUUUUCCUGGUGGAUUCAAUUGCUCAGCAUUCUCGAGGUGUGAAAGGUGAUAUUGGUGGUAUGUUUUCUUCUGCUAUUCAAGCAGUGCUACCACGGUUAUUGUCAGCUGCUGCUCCUCCUGGAAGUUCAGCUAAUGAGAAUCGUAGGCAGUGUCUAAAGGUUUUGAAACUUUGGUUGGAGAGAAGGAUUGUCCCCGAGUCCAUAAUCCGUCGCCAUAUGCGAGAACUUGAUACUAUUGGUGGCUCUUCUGCUGGUGCCUAUUGCCGGCGCUCCUCUAGAACAGAAAGGUCUUUGGAUGAUCCUCUUAGAGAGAUGGAGGGUAUGCUUGUCGAUGAAUACGGAAGCAAUUCAAGUUUUCAACUUCCGGGAUUCUGUAUGCCCCGCAUGCUCAAGGAUGAAAAUGGUGGAAGUGAUUCUGAUGGGGAAAUUUUUGAGGCUGUCACCCCUGAACAUAACCCUCUAACUAAUGAAGAACAUGAAGUCGCUCCUGCAACUGAAAGGCAUAGGCAUAUCUUGGAAGACGUUGAUGGAGAACUUGAAAUGGAGGAUGUGGCUCCGUCUUGUGAUGUUGACAUGAGUUCAUCUUGCGGUGUUGCUGGAGUCAAUGUUGUGCAGGCUUCACAUAAUCAGUUUGAACAACAUUUUUCACAUCCCUUUGCCCCUCCACUACCUCAAGAUGUGCCUCCCUCAUCUCCUCCACUACCAUCGUCUCCUCCGCCCCCACCAGCAGCGGCUCCUCUGCCCCCACCUCAUGUCAUUCACCCUCCAUGUGCUACGUCUGAUUUGAAUCCAUACACUGACUCACAUAAUGUGCAUGACAGCAGAGUUCCACCUCCGCCUCUGCAGUUGAAUGGGCCAAGAAUUAACCAAGCAAUUCCUGAUGCAGUGCACUAUCAUGGCGCUGAAUCUAGAGAUCUUCACAGGCAGAUGCCUGAUUCUACUUCCUGCUCGUAUAGUAGUUUUCCUUCAAAUUCAGGGAGAAAUAUUCCACAAACUGAUGGGCCUACAUUCCAUGGCAAAGGUUACCCUUUACGGCCACCUCAUGCUCCACCGUCAAAUCAGUUUUCUUAUGUAAAAGGAGACCAUCAUGUAAAGCCACGGCGUGAAGUCCCGCCGCCUUAUCACAACAGAUUUGACUUCAUGCAGAAUGGGGACCGAGAACACUAUUACAAUAAUCAUGAAAGAAUGAAACCAGCUCCUUAUGAGCCCCGUGAGAACUGGAGGUUUCCUGCACAUUCUUAUUCUGGUCCUCGCUAUCCUGAAAAGGGCAAGGCGUCUUAUGGAAAUGCUCCGUUUGCUGGCCCCCCUCGUGGACCAACAAGAUUACCUGGUCAUGGGUGGAGAUUUCCUCCACGGUCAGCAAACCACAGACACUCUUUUAUACCGCCUUAUGAUGGUCCGAUACCUGUCACCAACAGAGGUCCAGGAUUUUGGCGGCCUAAACUUGUCCCUCUCUGGAAAUUGCAAAUCGCAGUGAUGGGUGCUACGCAGUCGUGCCUCACCGAGCAAUCAAUCCACGAAUUCAUUGUCAAGGACACCAAAGGCAAUGACGUCGACCUCAGCAUUUACAAAGGGAAGGUCCUCCUGGUCGUCAACGUCGCUUCCAAAUGCGGUUUUACAGAUACGAAUUACACACAGCUGACUGAGCUCUACGGCAAAUACAAGGACAAAGGUUUUGAGGUCCUGGCGUUUCCAUGCAAUCAGUUUCUGAAGCAAGAGCCUGGAACAAGCACGGAUGCGGUUGAAUUUGCAUGUACAAGGUACAAGGCUGAAUAUCCGAUCUUCAAGAAGAUACGUGUGAAUGGGCCAAACACAGAACCUGUGUACAAAUUCCUCAAAGCAAGUAAACCUGGAUUUUUGGGGAGUAGGAUAAAGUGGAACUUCACUAAGUUCUUAGUUAACAAGGAUGGCAUUGUCAUCGGACGUUACAGCCCAACCACCUCUCCCUUGAGUAUUGAGGUCUCUUUCUGUCUUUCUCUCUUACACACGCGCGUGCGCGCACACACACACAAAGAUUGCUCUUCUUGUCACUAAAAGUAGUCAUUGUUCCCCUUUACACAGGCUGACAUCAAAAAAGCACUAGGAGAGGUAUAAGAAUGAAGCAGUGUAGAUGUGUUGUCUGUUGUCUGUUAAUCAUUUUUCCCGUUCCUGUGUCUUUCUCGCUCUUUUCCCUCCAUGUAACUUUAGUUUGCUAUUGCAUAAUAUUUAUUAUUUGUUUGUGCUUUGUCUACCCUGUAGUUAACAUUCAUGUACAAAUGGAAUUACUCCUUUGCAAAUGAAAUGUAAGUUGUUUGGUUAUCAUGGCUGGUAAUUAAGUGGCCAGUUUGUCGAUUGUACUAGCACAAUUCCGAGUUGAAUGUUAGAGGUUUAUGUAGAGUUUGCUAAUAAUACUUGGUUAAAAUUCUUGAAAAAUGUUAUCUUCUCAGUCGAAUACGCUAGAAGUUGUUUUAGGAUGAAUUUAUUUAUCCUUCAUCUAGAGAUUGAUACUACUCAUUCCAUCAGUUUCAAUGGCAUGCAGUACUUUUAUGGGGGGUAGUGUUUGGGGAAUCAGUUUUAGGCUGACUGAAACUGUACUAACCAAGAUGGUAGCUACACAAUUAGCUAGCUUAAAUAUCAGUCUUAAACAAGGAGCUUCACAAGCAAAUGUCUAGGAUCAAAAUAUAUUGGUCUUAUAUGUGUAUUAGACACAAUAAAUAUAGAAACCAAUCUUUCAAGCUCAGUCAAUUGCCAGGGUCCCUUUCCGUCCAUCUACUCUUUAACGCCUCCAGUAUGAACUUAUAAGCACUCUGGGAGAUAGGUUUGGCUAUUAGUCUCACAUUUGCAGCACAGCUCCCUUUUUAGUCAAGCUCAUCCUCUACCUUUCUAGGGAAGCUUAUAUCAGGACAGUACAAAAAUUUCAAGCACGAAAUAUCCAAGCAUUGUCCAACUAAAUUCCCAGCGGCUGCUACUAAGUCAAGUCAAACUGCCCAUUUUCUGCUAAUAAAACAAAUUGAUGAAGUUAAACCAUAAACAAAAAUUACGAAUUUUCUUCUUUCAUGUCGAAUAAUCAAAUUAUAUGAGAAGCAAACAAGAUGUUAAAUUAAGUCAUCGGACAUGUUGAGUCAUGGGUGGGUUAUUAAAAAAUAUAAAUAUAAAUUCAUUACCUGCUUCCCUUGACCACCAUUUUACCAAAUCCAAAAGCUUCAAUUCACACCUAGGAAUUACUAUAUUCUCACAGCAAAGAAAGUACUACUCUAUUCUCAGAUUGGGAAAAAUAAUAUUUACUAUUGAAAAAAAAACAAA